GCUCCUGGGGCAGCUGGCGGAGAGCCAGUCCCAGGAAGAUAGCACGGCGCGGAAGGAGCGGGAGGUGAUGCUGCGGCUGAAGGAGGUGGUGGACAAGCAGAGGGACGAGCUUCGCGCCCAGGCCCAUGAGAUCAUCUGCAAGAGCCGAGACACGGAGGCGCUGCAGGAGCAACUGCAUCGCUUCAUGGCCAUGAACGAGGACCUGCGUCACAAGGUGGCCGUGGUGCAGGCUCAGCUCAAGAGCACGCUGGAGAAGAAGGCAGACCUGGAGGCUGCGAUGCUGCAAACCCAGAGGGAAAUGAGUAGGAGGAACAGGACCGCCUCUGAUAGCCAGCGGCCAAAGUCCAGCCUGGAAGGAGCGCCGUCACCCACGGAAGAGCCGCAGCACCAGGACAUGGACAUGGGCCGGAGCCCUGCUCACUGCUGCUUCUCCAUGGAAGAGCUGGAGCAGAUCCUGCAAGAGCGGAACGAGCUCAAGACCAACCUGUUCCUGGUGCAGGAGGAGUUGGCCUACUACCAGCGGGAGCUGCUGAAUGAAGAGAGAGUUCCCGGCUUCUUCUUGGAUGCGAUGAAGUCGACUAUCAAAAGACAGAGGAAAAAAAUCAGAGCCAAAAUGCUGGGAACGACAGAGGAGUCGGCGAGCAGCGAUGAAGAUGAGGGCUCCUGGCUCCCAGCGCGUGGUGCAGACUGCGUGGAUGCUCAGCCUCCCGAAUCCAAAAUUAGGAGCUUGUAA